GUGGCAGAAUGAAGACCAACGACCUGGCAGCAGCCCCCGGGGAUGCUCUGGGCAUGGCCUCGGGAACCCCACAGCAGAACAGCCAGAAGGCAGAGGAGAACCCCAGCCUCCUGGACGCGCUCCUCCGCGACUUCCCAGCCCCGCUGGGCCCGGAGAGCCCUUUGCCAUGGAAGGUCCGAGGGUCGAUGCUGAUCCAGGAGGAGGUGGAAGGCGAGCUGGCUGAGCUGGCCGUGGGCUUCCUAAGCAGCAGGAGCGCUGGCCGCCACUCGCUGCCUGCCUGGCUGCUGCAGACGGACCUUCCUGAGUUCAGGAAGUUGCCGGAGGAGGAGGAGGAUGGCGAUGAGGAGGAGGAGGCCCCUGUGAGCCUGCUGGACGCUGCGGGCCUGGCGCGGAGCCUCUUUGACCGGCUCUGGGAAGUGUGCUGCCAGUGGCAGAAGCAGGUGCCCGUGGCUUCCUGGGUCCCGCAGCGGCAGUGGCUGGUCUCCGUGCACGCCAUCCGGAAUGCCCGCUGCAGGAUGGAGGCACACGUGUGCCUCCCAGCCUUCAACCUGCUCUUCGGCCUAUCGGACUCUGUGGACCGCGCCUACUUUGCCGUGUUCGAUGAGCACGGAGGGGUGGACGCCGCGAGGUACGCGUCUGUGUACAUGCACGCUGUUGCUGCCCACCAGCCGGAGCUGCCCACUGACCCCGCGGGGGCCCUGCGAGCACCCUUCCGCUGCACCGAUGAUAUAUUCCUCUUGAAAGCCCCGCCAGAGUGCAGAUAA